AUGCGAGAGAAGCUCCGGCAAGGAGAAAACAAGGUAAUUUUGGGCGAUUUUGGUGAUUGCCGGAUCUUGGCCGAGUCGGUGGAAAACAGGGUCGACGUUGAGCCAGAGGACGGUGGCGAAGAGGAGGAGAAUGACGGUUUUGAGGUAGGUUUGGGUGAGAACGGGCCAACGGCGGGCCCCGAAGGCCUGGCAGCAGAUUGGGUCCAUGCCGGAGCAGAGACCCUUCAUGACGGAAAAUCCGGUGAUGUUGGCGAAACCGACGGCGAGGGAACCGCCGGCGAGUUCGGGUUUGUCCAUGUGGCCCAGGAAAAGCAUGGAGAUUAUGGUCUUGGAGAAGUAAAGCAUUGUGGGUACAAGCACACAUGGCCCGGCUUGAACUGUUCACGUAUACGAGGAAUAAAGGAGUGUGUGUCGUGUGUACGUGGCUGCAUGCCUACCUACAAACAACCGUACCAAAGACCUUAA